CGCGCGCUUUUUACGCACAGAAGCACAGCACCUUUUUGUGAUCCAGGCUAGAAGCUAAAGCAGCCCCAUCGUUGCUUCACAUACCGUAGGUCCACAAAAGACGCGUUAUCGCUGCGGUUACCUGGUCGAAAACAGCGGUCUACAUAUCCGAAGGGGAAGUGCCGUUGGCCUGCGACAGAGUAACGUUAGCGUUCAGCAACAAACUUUGCUAUGGGCAAAAAGUCUCGCGAAGAAGACUCUUCAUCCUCUGAUGAGGAAGAAUAUGUUGUGGAGAAGGUGCUGGACAGGAGGGUGGUGAAAGGCAGGGUUGAGUUCUUCCUGAAGUGGAAAGGAUACUCAGAAAAGCACAAUACGUGGGAACCAGAGAAGAAUCUGGACUGUCCUGAGCUUAUUUCAGAAUUCAUGAAGACCUACAAGAAAAGCAGUGGUGGAAGCUCCACACCCAGCAGUGGGGCCAGCAAAUCAAACACAAGCUCCCUGGGACGCUCCAAAGACUCAAGCAGCUCAAAGAAGAGAAGCUCCGAUGAUGAUGAGGAGGGUGGUAGUAAGCCCAAAAAGAAGAAGGAGGAUGACAUUCUAGUUGCACGUGGCUUUGAGAGAGGCCUUGAGCCAGAGAAGAUCAUUGGAGCAACUGAUUCAUGUGGAGACCUCAUGUUUCUUAUGAAGUGGAAAGACUCUGAUGAGGCUGAUCUCGUGCUUGCCAAGGAGGCCAAUCAUAAGUGCCCACAGAUUGUCAUAGCCUUCUACGAGGAACGUCUCACCUGGCAUGAAGACAGUGAGAAGAAGGAGAAGGAUGCUGUCAGUGCAUGAGUGAAUCACCUCAGGAGGGAACAGGACCUCCUCCACUGCAGGGACAGCCUUGAGUCAGACAUUUUUCACUCCCAAACCUCCCAUCCUUCCUCUUCACCAUGUCCAACAAAGACAGCGGACAGUCGUGUGUUAUCUGUACCCACGUACCCAUUGAAGCACAAGGGCCCAGACUGCUGAGAAGGAUCCAUCAGACAGGAGGGGAAGCUGUAGCGGACAUGGGUGAUGUGCUACUUUGGAGGGUUUCUGCUGUUCUGUCUUUGUAUUCUUUACCUUCUUUUUAAUGUCUUAACACACCAUGUUUUAGUACUUUUAGCGCAGUAAGAUAUUUUGCAUCCAUGAGCACACGUGGCAUCUGUCAAAACUCAGAACAUAGUCUUGAGAGCCAGAGUUCAUACGAGAUAAGUUAACCAUGCGCUUGUCCCACGGAAGAUGCACAGCACCCAUCCUAAAGUAGGCAAUGCACCUUGUUGCUUUAAGAACCCACCAUCACCAGUGAGGAUCAAACCGUAGACUAAUAUUCAGGAAGCAACCACCGCAACACUUUCCUGAAUACAUAAUGACUUCCUUUUAAAACUUUUUUUUUUUUAUUAUUUUUUUAAGAUCUCUUCUUCAGUUUGUCCUGUCUACUCAGUUUUCAAACUUGCAUGACACUGGCCAAUUAUGUCUUUACAACAAAGUAAUGAUAUCCUUGUUAAUCUUUUUUUUAUUUUAUUUUUUAAAUGUAAUUUUUGUUAUUUCCAAGUUUUUAACGUGAACAUUGUGUGGUGUUUUAUUUUUAAAAUCACAGUUCAAGAAAAACAAAUUUGAGUUUUGUACUUUUCAACUGCAGUGUUGUCUUCGGACCAGUCUCAUGUUAACAGGUUAGACAAUCUUAACUGUAGCCACACAAAAUUAAACGAAACCAGCAUUUAUGACGAGUCAUUGGAGUCUGCCACCUUGUGGCUAAAAGAUGAAAAUCUUGACCAGUCUAUUAUGACAACCCUGCAGUUUUAAUGGUGUUAUUGAUCUCAGUAGUUAGUGAUACUUUAAAGGGUUUUGUUUGUUUUAACAGUGUAAAAUGGUAAAAAAAAAAAAUCCAUGCAAUAAGAGUAUUUGUAGAUACCAUUGUAAUAUUUGAGUUGAAUAAUUGAAACCAGUUAUUGAUUGGAUUAUGCAUAUCAUGGGUUCUAUUGUGAUGAGUCAUUUCAUUGUUCUCUGAUAAAAGUAUUAAACAAUGUUGCUAUCUGAGAAGAGGAGGUCAAUUCUUUUACACAAGAUGGAUGCCAGAUUUGUAGUUUGAUCUGCUGUGCUCCAACAUGGACUCUUAGGACCAAAUAUUUACCGUCUACAGACUGAGAUCAGCUGUUUGUUCUCAUUAUUUCUUUUUUUUUUGGCUUUAAUCAAUAUUGUGAAUGAAGGCUGUGACCAUGCCAUCUACCCUUUUAUGCAUACAGUACAUUCAUCAUGUCCCUUGAAAUCACUUAGAUUAUGGUUUUGGUGUAUUUCCUCUCAUUAAAAUUUCCUUUCAGACCCUUGAGUUUUGUCCUCAGUUUUAGUCGGUGCAGAAAUUUUAAAAUUAGACUAUUUCCUGUGUCAACUAAAUGUUACAAAUGUGUACAGUAGCCCCUUUAAUAAACAUUUUCAAUGUUAA